GGUGGGACCGUUUUAGCUAUGACAAUCAACAAGGGAAUACUUCUGGGUUUUGCUCCUUCUGCUAAUCACCAGGUUGUAAUUCAUUCUGGACAGUUUCAGGGAGAAAUUAAGUUCAGUUAGAAAGGAGGUGCGGGCAACUGGGCAGGGGAGGGGAUAGCCAUCCUGGUGGACAUCAAACCUCCUAUAUCAUCAUCACACCCAAAUCUUCAAGAUUUAUGGCCAGUGUUGAUUGAGCUAUUGCAUACAUUUCUACUGCCAUUCUCUCUCGGGCUAUUCUUGUUUUUAUUGCAUAGUUUUGCUAUCUAGAACAUUAUAUGAUCUGCCCAAUUUUUGAGAUAUAAAGUGAUCGAUAUUUGAUAGAGUUGAUGAGACUCAGCAGCCAAAAGAUAAGUGUUUGGCCAAAGAUUCUUCUGAGCUACAUGAACAAUGUGACUGGGGGCGUUAUGCUAGAGGAGCAGUAUAUGCACUACAGAGUAGAGGAAACAAUCUCUCUAAGGGUAUCACAGGAUACAUAUGUGGUUCUGAAGGUUUCGACAGUUCAGGCUUAAGCUCUUCAGCUGCAGUUGGAGUGGCUUACCUCAUGGCUUUGGAAUAUGCAAAUAAUUUAGUAAUAUCUCCCACAGAAAAUAUAGAAUAUGAUAGGUUGAUUGAGAAUGAAUAUUUGGGUCUGAAAAAUGGCAUAAUGGAUCAAUCAGCUAUAUUACUUUCAAGACAUGGUUGUUUGAUGUGCAUGAAUUGCAAGACCAAAGAUUAUAAGCUUGUCUACCAACCAAAGGAGAGUGAGCAACCGAAGGCAACCAGUAUAUUGGUGGCACUUUCUGGUCUGAAGCAAGCUUUGACGAAUAGCCUUGGAUAUAACAAGCGAGUUACAGAGUGUCGAGAGGCUGCAAAACUUCUUCUUGAAGCAUCUGGAGAUUACAAAACCGAGCCCAUCCUAUCCAAUGUUGAUCCAGAAGUUUACGAGGCUCAUAAGGACAAAUUAGAACCAAAUCUAGCUAAAAGAGCAGAACAUUAUUUCUCAGAGAAUAUGCGUGUUAUGAAAGGACUCGAGGCUUGGUCGUUGGGCAAGUUAAAAGAUUUUGGAAUGCUUAUUACAGCUUCUGGUCGGAGUUCCAUUCAAAAUUAUGAAUGUGGUUGUGAACCACUGAUUCAGCUGUAUGAGAUCCUUUUGAGAGCUCCUGGUGUAUUGGGAGCGCGGUUCAGUGGUGCUGGGUUUAGAGGGUGUUGUGUUGCAUUUGUGGAGGCUGACCUUGCAACUGAAGCUGCAUCAUUUGUCAGAAAAGAAUAUCUCAAGGUUCAGCCAGAGUUAGCAAGCCGAAUACAAAACGACACUGCUGUUUUAAUAUGCGACUCUGGUGAAUGUGCACGUGUAAUUUAACCUGCAUUUUUCCCUUAAUACUUAUAUUUCAUCAUUCUUCUAUUACCAUUCACACCUUGAAAUCUCCUUCUUGUUCUUUUCCUUUAUUUCAUGCUCAUGACAUGGAUUAGCUCACGUUACAUUCUAUAUAUUCCUUUACAUGGUCAAAUGUAGAAUUAUCAUCCUUAGCUUAUAAAA